GUGUUCUGGUCAAUGGAGAUGUGGUAGAAAAUGUGCCGGGCAUUCAAAACGGUUUUGUUUUCUCAGACAUCAGUGGCUGCAGAAUCUCAGGCUUUGGGGUGAAACCUGGAACUACACGCCAAAGUCUUGACAACUGUACUUCUCUGAUAUGCAGCAACACCCGUGUUAGCUUUACAAGCAGCUCCAUCAGCUGCUCGGUGAAAGGACUCUGCACAGUGACCGGUCCCACCGUCAUUGACUUCAGAGGACAAAUGAACUCAGUGUCAGACCGGUGUGAGUACACUCUGCUGCAGGAUCAGUCUACUGGAUUCUCUCUGAAGGCCAACUUUCUGGAACGGCGUCGCAGAGAUGUGAGCUUUGUGGACAGUGUCACUCUGGACUUCAGUCAGGGUGCUGACAUUCAGCUGCUACAAGGACACAGAGUCCUGGUGGGAGGCUCACCUGUGACCCUCAGUGGUUUAGUCCAGACAUUUAAUGGUGUUGGUCUCUCCAAGGACCAGACUGGAGUCACUGCUGAUUUUUCACUCAAUGGUUCACCUGUGUCUCUGUUCUUUGAUGGAACCACAGCUCAGAUCUACAUUGGUGUACCUGUCAAUGUUAAGGGUCUGUGUGCAGACUCUAGCAGUUCCUCAUCUUCAAGGCUGUCCAGUGACUCCACCUGUCAGCUGUAUAAUGACGCUGCUGACGACACCAUCAACCCCACUACUGUGGCUCAACAGUGUAACAUCCUGAAAUCUUCACCAUUCUCCUCCUGUAAUGCUGUUGUUGAUCCAGAGUCAUACAUAAUUGCCUGCAGAAACACUUUGAACAAGUAUCCUGCAGUGGACGGUCUCAGGUGUCAGUUCCUUAAGGCCUACGCCAAAGCCUGCCAGAAGAGACAAGCUACCGUGCAGAACUGGUGGACAGCAGCUAAGUGCCACCACCCUGAGCCCAUCUGUCAGGACAAAUGCAGUGACCAUGAGUUCUGUGGAGAUAUCCACGGAAACACUGACUGCCGCUGUAGAGCCAUUUAUGCCUCACAGUACACUGAACAGAACAGACUGGGAGGUCCAACUGUCUGCAAGGACAACACUGCCUCCCUCACUCUGGUGGGUUGUCUCCUGAAGGAAAACGGCAUCGACUACAAUCACCUACACCUCAAUGACAAGACCUGCACAGGUGUGAUGGACCCCGAGAGUCACAUGCUGAAGUUCAGCUUUAGCAGUGACAGUUGUGGAACAGAGGUCACGACCAACAACAGCCAGGUCAUCUUCACAAAUGCAGUUGUGACCCGGAACAGCUCCUCAGACCUCAUCACUCGUCAGGAUAAAGUCUUCAUUGAGUUCUCCUGCAGCCAUCCUGCACCUGAACUGCAGAAUGUGGCCUUCAAGAUUAUAGAUAAGUGAGUACUAAAUUAGAAUAAGGAUGUGAAACUUAUGAGCUGGAUUAUGAGUUAAAGAAUCUUCUUUGUUCUCUUCAGCUCUGUGAAAGUUUUCCUCCAAUCUGGAGAGUGGCACUACAACUUGACCAUGAAGGCUUACUCUGAUGCUGCCCAAACCCAACUUUUGGGUCCAAACAGUGAUGUCAGGCUGAACCAGAAGAUCUGGAUUGUGCUGGAGACCAACGGUCUGGAUGAAGAGGUGGUUUCUGUGGUGACCGACUCCUGCUGGGCAACCAGUGGGAACUCACCCAGCAGCUCUCCCAGAUAUGACCUGAUCACAGACGGCUGUGCAAAUGCAGCAGAUGGAACAGUUCAAGUGAUGGGAAAUGGACAAGGAACCUCCAACUCCUUCUCCUUCAACAUGUUUGAGUUCUCUGGAAAGGAACCUUCAGAAGUCUACCUUCACUGCCAGCUGCAGCUGUGUGUCAA